AUGCUACAAGCUGGGGGCGAACCACUAGCACGUCAGAUACAUAAUCUCUGUAACAAAGCAUGGAAUGAAGGUAUAAUUCCAGAGGAAUGGGAUAUAAAUUGUGAAUUACCACAAAGUUAUAGUCCAAGAUAUGUCGAAGCAGCUUGGUAUGAUUGGUGGGAAAAACAAGGUUUUUUUCGUCCAGAAUAUUAUGAUGAACAUCCUCCAUCAAAUGCUUCAACACCACGAAAAAAUUUUAUUAUGGUUAUUCGACUACCAAAUGUAACUGGUUAUCUUCAUCUAGUUCUUUGGGUAUCUGGUUGUGAUCAUGCUGAUAUAGCAACACAAGGUGUUGUUGAAAAAGAAUUAAUGAGAGAACAAAAAUUAUCAAGAAAUGAUUUGGGAAGAGAAAAAUUUUUAGAAGAAGUUUGGAAAUGGACAAAUGACAAAGGUAAUCAUAUUUAUGAACAAAUAAAAGCGUUAGGUUCAUCAUGUGAUUGGUCACGUAAAGUAUUUACUAUGGAUAAAAAUAUGUCAUAUGCUGUUGAAGAAGCAUUCAUUCUUAAUUGGUCAUGUACACUUAAAUCAGCUGUAUCUGAUACUGAAGUAAAAAAAAAUAUUCGGUCGAAAAAAACGGAAAUAAAAGGUCGAACAUUAAUUCGUGUACCUGGCUAUGAACACCCAGUUGAAUUUGAUGUUUUAACCUAUUUUGCUUAUCCAGUUGAAAAUUCAAAAGAAGAAAUUAUUGUUGCUACAACUCGUCUUGAAACAAUGCUUGGUGAUACAGCUGUUGUUGUUCAUCCAAAUGAUGAACGUUAUAAAGAUUUACAUAGUAAAUAUGUUCAACAUCCAUUUCUUCAACGUCGUGUACCAAUAUUAACUGAUACAAUGGUUGAUCCAGCAUUUGGUUCGGGUGCAGUUAAAGUUACACCAGCACAUGAUCCAAAUGAUCUUGAAUAUGGACGUCGACUUAAUUUACAAUUUAUAACAUGUAUUAAUAAUGAUGGUUUAAUGUCAUCUGAAUGUGAACCAUAUAGUGGUAAACCACGAUUUGAUGUUCGACAUCAAUUAUUAAAUGAUUUAAAAGAACGUGGACUUUAUCGUGAUUCAAAAGAAAAUGAAAUGAUUUUACUAAUAUGUAGUCGAAGUAAAGAUAUUAUUGAACCAUUACUUAAAUUACAAUGGUAUGUUAAUUGUAAAGAUAUGGCAAAACGUUCAAUUGGAGCUGUACAAGAUAAAGAAUUAAAAAUUUUACCAAUUAGUUUUGAACUUGUUUGGUAUAAAUGUUCCGAUGAUAUUCCCGUUGGAAAUGAGACUGAUGAUCAUUAUUGGAUUAGUGCUUAUACAUAUGAAGAAGCACUUGAUAAAGCUGCACAAAGAUUUAAUAUUGCAAAAGAUAAAAUUCGAUUAACACAAGAUGAAGAUGUACUUGAUACAUGGUUUUCAUCAAAUCUUUUACCAUUUUCAUCAUUUGGUUGGCCAAUGGAAACAGAUGAUUUUAAAAAAUUUUUUCCAACAACAUUACUCCAAACAGGUCAUGAUAUACUUUUUCCUUGGGUUGCACGAAUGGUAAUGAUGUCAUUAGAAUUAACUGGUCGUUUACCAUUUACAGAAGUUUAUUUACAUGCAAUUAUUCGUAAUGCAGAUGAAUGUAAAAUGUCACAAACUUUAGGAAAUGUUAUUAAUCCACUUGAUUUCAUCCAUGAUAUAUCAUUAGAAAAACUUCAAGAAGGAUUCAAAAGUUCAAAAGAAGAUUAUCCAGAUGGUAUUCCUGAAUGUGGAACUGAUGCAUUACGUUUUGCUGUUUGUGAUUGUGCUGGUCAAGGUCAAUAUAUUAAUUUGAAUAAAUUUCGUGCUGAAUCUUCUCGAGAUUUUUGUAAUGAUCUUUUUGGAAUAGAGUUUAAACUUACUGGAACGGAAACACCAUGUGAUUUGUGGAUAUUAAGUCGAUUAAGUUAUGCUAUUGAACAAUGUGAAAGUGGUUUUAAAAAGUAUCAAUUUUCUCAAAUAACAACAGCUAUUUAUAAUUUUUGGCUUCCAGAAUUAAAUGAUAUUUAUAUUGAAUAUGUUAAAAAAGAUUUUUAUCCAGACAAACCAAAUUUAGAACAAAAAAAAACGACAAAAUACAAUUAA